GGCCGGCGGGAGCGCCCGAGCCGAACGGAGCCGAGCGCAGCUGAGCUGAGCUGAGCCGAGCGGAGCCGAGCCGAGCCGAGCCGAUCCGAUCAGGCGGGGUGGAGAUGGCGGCGGCGGCGGCGGAGCUGCAGGGGAAGUACCAGAAGCUGGCUCAGGAGUACUCCAAGCUUCGCGCUCAGAACCAAGUCCUGAAAAAAGGAGUUGUAGAUGAGCAGGCAAACUCUGCCUCACUGAAGGAACAACUGAAGAUGAAGGAUCAAUCACUGAGGAAACUGCAACAAGAAAUGGACAGCUUAACUUUUCGAAAUCAGCAACUUGCUAAGCGAGUGGAGCUUCUUCAAGAUGAACUUGCAUUAAGUGAGGCUCGAGGCAAAAAGAACAAGAAAAGUGUAGAAUCCUCAUCUCACCUGAGUCAAGAACAGAAAAGUGUCUUCAAUGAAGAUCUUCAGAAGAAAAUAGAAGAAAAUGAACGACUGCAUAUACUUUUCUUUGAAGCAGAUGAGCAGCACAAACGUUUGGAAGCAGAGCUGAGGAGUAGACUGGAGGUUUUGGAAAUGGAUGCUGCCGAGCACCAAGCUGUGGUGGACAGCUUAACGAAGAAAUACACAGAGACCAUAGAAAAGCUGCAGAAUGAUAAAGCCAAAUUAGAAAUCAAGUCUCAGACACUAGAAAGAGAAGCUAAGGACUGUAGGCUUCGAACUGAAGAAUGCCAGCAACAGCUAAAGAAUCUUCAAGCAGCUUUGGGCAGUAGACUGGAAGAAUCUCUAUGCAUAAUUAAUGAAAAAGUACCUUUUAAUGACACAAGAUCUACUCGAUACAAUGCUCUGAAUGUACCAUUGCACAACAGAAGGAAUCAGCUGAAGCUGCGAGACCUUGCUGGCCAGGCCAUGGCUUUUGUCCAAGAACUUGUAACAGCUCUCCUGAACUUCCACACGUACACUGAGCAGAAGGUACAGAUCUUCCCCGUUGAUUCUGCAACAGACACAAUAUCACCCUUAAAUCAGAAGUUCUCACAGUAUCUCCAUGAAAACGCUUCCUACGUUCGCCCUCUGGAGGAAGGAAUGCUGCACUUGUUUGAGAGCAUCACAGAGGAUACUGUGACAGGCCUGGAAACAACUGUGAAAUUGAAGGCCUUCUCAGAACAUUUAGCUUCCUAUUUAGGCUUUUUAAGAAAGAUUCUUCCUUAUCAAUUAAAAAGUUUGGAAGAAGAGUGUGAGUCUUCUCUUUGCACAGCUGCUUUAAGAGCUAGAAAUAUGGAGCUGCACAGAGACAUGAAAAGGUUGACUGCAGUCUUUGAGAAGCUACACACAUACAUCAGUCUUCUGGCCUUACCAAGUACAAGACCAGAAGGAAUCCUUAGGACAAAUUAUGACUUUGUGUUUACAAACAUUGCUGCAAGUCUUCAUGGAUUCCAUGACAUUUUAAAAGAUAUUUCCAAGCACUAUAGCCAGAAAGCUGCUUUAGAACAGGAAGUUCCAACUGCCACACAGAAACUCAUAACUACAAAUGACUGUAUUUUAUCCUCUGUUGCCGCUUUGACAAAUGGAGCGGGCAAGAUGGCCUCGUUCUUCAGCAACAACUUGGAUCACUUCACCACCUCGUUGAGCUAUGGCCCUAAGGGAGGAGCAGAGUUCAUCAGCCCUCUCUCAGCUGAGUGCAUGCUGCAGUACAAGAAGAAGGCAGCUGCCUACAUGAAGUCCUUGAAGAAGCCUUGUGCAGAUUCAGUGCCUUAUGAAGAGGCUUUGUCCAAUCGCAGAGUUCUCCUGAGUUCUACAGAGAGCAGGGAAGGUCUUGCACAGCAGGUCCAGCAGAGUUUGGAGAAAAUUGCAAAACUUGAACAAGAAAAAGAACACUGGAUGUUGGAGGCCCAGCUAGCUAAAAUAAAGCUAGAGAAAGAAAACCAAAAACUGAAGAACUCUCUUACUGGACAUUUAACUGAAACUAUCCAGGAGCGUUCAGUUUUGCCAAAUAUAGCAGAACAAAAGAAGGAAACCACAGAAAAGAGUCUGAAGGAACCUAUUAAGAGCACCAGUCUGAUUGGAAUGUUGACUGUAACUACUGAUAAUGAAAAGGCUCCAGAUGUUGAGUCUCGUGAAGACCUGAUAAAAACUCACUACAUGGCCAGGAUAGCAGAGCUGACCUCUCACCUGCAGCUUGCUGACAGCAAAUCAGUGCACUUCCACGCUGAGUGUCGAGCACUUGCCAAAAGACUUUCUCUGGCAGAGAAGUCCAAGGAAUCUCUCACGGAAGAGUUGAAGCUCGCCAGUCAAAACAUCACCAGAUUACAGGAUGAAUUGAUGACAACAAAGAGGAGCUACGAGGACCAGUUAAGCAUGAUGAGUGACCAUCUGUGCAGUAUGAAUGAAACCUUGACUAAGCAAAGGGAAGAGAUUGAUACACUAAAGAUGACCAGUAAGGGAAAUUCUAAAAAGAACAAAAAUCGAUAGUUUACAGCUGAGUCUUUGGAAGCUGCUGCUGCACAGGAUGCAGAUAGUGACCAUUCAUUAUCCAGUUCCUGUUUGUUCCAGGAAGCAGAGGCUGGUAUUGGGUCUAGUAAAAACUGAAUUGGUGCUGUAAA